UGGAAUUAAAACUAAAAAUUAGAUCUGAUUAAACAUUCUGGUGAACAAUUAAUUCAUUCUCGGACCCUGGACUCGAACUUAUUCCGCGUUCUUCGUCGAGCACAUAUUCGCUCCUUCGAUCUGCUUCUCUUAGAAAUAGGCGCUCCCAGGUUUCAUCGGAGAAAUUUCGCACGGCGUUGCACAACCGUUCAGGAGCCGAAAUGGGUGAUCUUUUGGACAAAAGAACAAAACGAGCAAUCACACACGUGAUCUUCGACAUGGACGGUCUUCUGCUUGAUACUGAAAAGUUCUAUACCAUCGUCCAAGAGAAGAUCUUAUCUAAGUAUGGCAAAAGUUUUGACUGGUCAGUGAAAGCUAAGAUGAUGGGAAAGAAAGCCUUAGAUGCUGCCAUGGUGCUUAUUCAUGAGUAUAGCCUUGAAGGCGUUCUUUCACCUGAAAAUUUUAUCAAGGAAAGAGAAGAAAUGUUGCUUACCCUGUUUCCAGAUUGUGAGUUCCUACCAGGAGCUAAGCAUUUGAUCAAUCAUCUUCAUGCCAAUGGUAUACCCAUGUGCGUAGCGACAAGUUCACACAGGCGACACUUCAACCUGAAGACAACCAAUCAUGGUGAAAUUUUUGCAAUGAUGCAUCAUAUAGUUGUUGGGGAUGACCCCGAAAUUACGCAUGGAAAACCAUCUCCAGAUAUAUUUCUUGUGGCUGCUAAAAGGUUUCAGGAUCAGGAUGACCCUCCAGUUCCAGAGACUGUACUAGUGUUUGAAGAUGCACCAGUAGGAGUCACUGCUGCUAAGAGUGCUGGAAUGUCAGUGGUUAUGGUUCCAGAUCCUGCUUUAGACAUCGGACUUCAGAAUGAAGCCGACCAAGUACUGACCAGUCUGCUGGAUUUUCAGCCAAGCGAUUGGGGCCUACCCCCAUUUCCAGAUGGUCAAGAAUAACAACGACAAGAUCUUAUGCACGUUAAACAGAGUGGGUACUGACCGCUUCCAUUUCUGUGGAACAAGAAAACUUGGCCCUCCUUCUGAAGUUUUGGAAUUUUCUUGUUAAGUAGAUACUUUCUCCUUUUACCAGUUGACAAAUGAGUCAAUCUUGUUGUCGAACACUGCAGCAUGCCUGUGUCAAUUUGACUGAUGCGAAUUGUUGAAAGGCUUGGACCUUUUCUUCCUCUUGGAUUUAACAAGAGGAAUCGAGGUGCUGCCUGCGGGGGUGCAGAAGGCGCUUAUGAAAAGCUCAGGCCUGCGUUGAAUGUUUGCUCGCAAUCACUUCUCGUCUAUAUGACCCUGUGGCUCAUGGCUGAGAUUGAGCAAUUAUAGGCUUGUUUUGUGAGGAAGCGGAGUCUAAAGCUGUUAACAUUAAUGAAGUAUGCGGCAUCAUGGAUCAUCUUUAUUGCUUUCACGAGGUUACCCUUUCUGUCUCAGAGACAUGAAUUACUAGUGUGUCAAUUUAAAGAAAAUAAAUAUCAGAGGGAUCUUAGAUGAAAGACCCUUUGACCAA